UUAUUGGGCCUUGUUAGUUGAUGACAUGCCAGAACAAGUAAUAUAAAUUAAACCUUAAACUUGGAUUAUCUAAAUAUUCAUCUUUGAUGUACACACUGGAACUUUACAUAGUGAUUAUCCAAUUUAGUAGGUGAAGAUUCUGCCGAAACCAGCGGAUCUUGGACUAUUCUAUGAUAAUUUAUAUAGGAAACCAAGAAAAACCUAUUAAACUGUAGAUUCCAAUCUCAAUAUUAUUUCAAAUCUAUAAGUACUUGAUUAUUUAAAACUAUUUCUUACACAGUUCUGUCAUACUUGGUUAAUAACUAAGAAAGAAUACUUUAAUGCAACAAUCAAACUCAUCUCAAAACCAUUUUGUUGACCAACUUAGUCUACAUUGUUUAUAGCAAGUUACUCUUACUUUCUUGUUUAUGAUAGGAUGAAUCAUUUACAUGCAGCUAGCUGCUAUAGCUUUUUUAAUCAACAAAGUCAUCCACACUACUAAUGUCAACUAAAAAUAGUAAUAAAUUUGGAUCUAGGACAGUGCAUAGCGUGGGUUUCUUAACUAGUACUUCUAUAAAAGAGUUGUUUUCUCUAACAUGUACUUCCAUAGCUCAAAGCAAUUCAGAGAUAUCUCAAUCAUUUGAUUCCCCACAUAAUAUGAGCCUUCUCUACAAAUUUGCUCACUUCAUCUGUUACAUUUGACUCUAUAACUGUAUUAUACCCUUAUUUAACAUCAAUAUAUCGAGCACCACCUGCAAGAAGUCAGAGACAUUAUCAAGACUACGUCCUGUUAAUUGUGCCAAGAAGAAGCACAGUUUUGCGGAGUCCAGUAUGACCACAACUUCAGAAGCAAUUGUUGGAUUUGAGGAUGAGACGGAAGUGUUGAUCAGACGACUUAUCUGUGGCUGGAAAGAUUUAGAUGUGGUCUCCCUGGUUGGAAUGCCUGGAAUAGGUAAGACAACUUUAGCUAGGAGAUUAUAUAAUCAUAAUGAUGUCGUCGGUCGCUUUGAUGUUUGUUCAUGGUGCACUAUUUCUCAAGCAUAUAAUAGGAGAAAGACAUUGCUUGAGUUAUUGGGUAAUUUGGUUCCUCUCAAUGACAACACAAGGAAUGAUGAUGAACUAGCAGACAAGCUGCGAAAACAUUUGCUAAAAAAGAGGUACCUCAUAGUCAUUGAUGAUUUAUGGAGUAUUGAAGCUUGGGAUGACUUAAUGAGAUGUUUUCCAGAUGAUAAAAACAGCAGCAGAAUCAUCUUGACAACUAGACAAGACAAAGUUGCUUCUAAUACUGAAGUUUUUAGUGCUCCUCAUCGUCUUCGUUUAUUCACAGAUGAAGAAAGUUGGUGCUUAUUGCAGAAGAAAGUGUUUGGAGAAGAAAGUUGCCCUCCACAACUUGAGCAGAUAGGAGAGCAAAUAGCACAGAGUUGCAGAGGGCUUCCACUUGCAAUUAUUUUGGUAGCUGGUGUUCUUGCAAAACUGGACAAGGACGAAGUUCGUUGGGAAGAAGUUGCCUAUGGUUUAAGGCGUUCAUGUAUUAUUGCUGGCGAUAAGCAAAAGUACAUGGACAUAAUUGAGUUGAGUUUCAAUCUUUUACCUGAUCAGUUGAAACUAUGUUUUCUCUACUUUGGAGAAUAUUUUGGUAAUGGAGUUAAGGUCCGUAAGUUGAGACAGCGUUGGGUUGCUGAAGAAUUUGCUGUAGCUAAUGGGUUAAAGAGCGCGGAGGAUGUAGCAAAGGACUACAUGAUGGAGUUAAUAGAUAGUAACCUUGUAAUGGUUGUCCGUAGGAGUUUCUCUGGCAAGGUGAAAACAAUUGGCAUGCAUGAUCUAUUACUUGAGUUUUGCUCCACUACUUGUAUACAUCGAUGGGAUGUAGGCGGGUCAGAUGAUUCAAGUUCAGCUCAUCCCCAAAGUGGCUAUGAAAUCCAUCGUCUCCAUUGGCCUAAAAAAGGUUCCUCAUGCUCUCAUUCUUUGAUCACUCAUUCACUCCCUUCUUAUGAUAUACUUAACAAGAGAAAUUUAUUGUUUGAUUGCAACUCUAUCCCUUCUCAUGAGUUAUUGACAUUGAAAGUGUUGGAUUUGGUGGGCGUCACAUUAAGAAGUGCAUCCUAUAUUCAAUUCUUGAUUAAUUUAAGAUACUUGGCCAUGAAAGGGAAUUUUGAGGAAGAUCCAUCAUGGUUAUCCAAGCUCAAGAACUUAGAAACAUUGAUACUUGAGGGAUCGCGCAGAUUAAAUCUGUCACGUGCGAUAUGGGGUAUGGUAAGCUUAAAACAUUUGGAAGUGACUGGUAAACCAGCUGUCAUUACGUGUGAUGUCGCAGAGUUUGAGACGUACCCCCCUUUAGAGAAAUUACAAUGGCUUUCCUUUGCACACUUACCUGGAGGUGAGGAGUUCCAAAAGUUCGUGUCAAAGGUACCCUGUUUAGUAAAGCUGAGGUGCAUGGUUGAUGAGCCAGAAGUUGGUCGGAGAUGCAUUAGGCUUCCAGGUUUACACUCUUUAAAUCAACUUGAAUCACUCAAAGUCUAUUUUCUAAAACGUGGUGCAAAGCGACUUGAAGUCAACUUCCCUAGGAACCUCAAGAAGUUGACGUUGUCAUCAUAUCAAUUACCAUGGACUGAAAUUUCAACCAUAGGAAGAUUGGAAAAUCUGGAGGUGCUCAAGUUGGAUUCUUAUGCUUUUAAGGGAAGGCAAUGGGAUGUCAAAGAUGAGGAGUUCCAGAAACUCAAGCUCUUGAAAUUCCACAGCAUGAAUAUUCCACAAUGGAACUUUUCUGAUAUGUCCUUUCCCAACCUCCAGCUGGUGAUUUUCAGAAACAGUCAACUGGAAACAUUUCCCCACAACCUUGAAAACUUACCUUUGUUGAAGAUGAUUGAGGUGCGCAAAUGCAACCGCAGUACCUUGAGAUCUGCUAGGGAGUUUGAGAGAACUCAAAUUGAGGAUUUGGGAAAUCAUGAAUUCAAGCUCAUCAUCAAGUCUAGAGAUGAGGAAUCAAUGAGUGAGGAUGAAGAAGAACUUGGACUGACUUGGCAAGUUGACUUAGAGCUGCGAAUUUUGCAGUUUGUUUUCCGUGUUCUACUUGUUUUCUUGAUCAUUUCUGUCGCUGUUAAAUGGGCUGACCCGGACCCAAUCCAGUUCAUUAUUUGAAUUGCAGGUCGAGGCCAGUCUGAUCAGGCGAAGCCGUAUUUAGGUCCCUUUUUUAAAGUAUAGUCGAAAUUUACAAAGUUUUUAAAGUUUAGCUGCCUUAGUUUCAAACAUACGUGUCUGAAGUUGAAAAUUUUAGACCGUCUAGUCGUAUUUAGGCUCCGCCGGAGCCUAAAUUCAGACAGAAGGUCUGAAUUUGAACUAUGUCUUUUCAGAUUCAGACCUUCGGGUAUGAAGUUAGGCCUUGGCGGAAUGCAGCUUCAGAUCCUCUAAAGAAGAAGAAUAAACAACAUGAGGUUACUCAGUGAAGAGAGGUUACUCACUACUAUGGUCCAAUAAGAACCGGAUUGACAAAUAGCCUAGGAAACUCAUCUGGAGGACUAAACUUCCCACCAAAGUAAUUUGUCCUAGUUGGAUAACACUAUAUGAAUCUUGUCUCACACAGGACAAUCUCAGCUAUAGGAGCAUUCAGCCAGUUAAUAGAUGUUAUAUGUGCCAGUUGAAUUUUGAGAGUGUUAGGCACCUCUCCUUGCAUUGUACAGUAGAUAUCUGGAGCAUGUUUUUCUCCAUCUCCCGGACUAGCCUGGGUCAUGCCGGACAGUAUCAAGGAAGCUUAUGGAAGUUGGUGUUCAUGGAGAGUUGGGAAGUCCAUCAAUAAAUUUGGCAAAUGGUGCUUGCUUCAUGUUUUUGGUGCAUCUGGGAUGAAACAAAUCCCAGAUGUUUUGAUGAGAUUUCAACUCCAUUUCAUGUCAUUAAAGCAAAAUGUUUGCUUAAUCUUUUUUGUUGGCAAGACCAGACUCAUGUAACAAGCUGUGACUAUUUUUUUUGGAAUGUGUAAGCUCCCUUGUGUUAGACUAGCAUAGUUUGGUUUUGCGGGAGCAAUCACAUUCUCUCUUUUUUGUAACUUUUGAUGCAUCUUCUUGUUUCCUUUAAUGUAAUCUUCUUACUUCAUAAAAACAAAAGAAUAAACAUCAUGAGGUUCAGUUUGAAGUUUCCCAAAACUGGUUAAACUGCAUGCUAUAAGCGACUUAACCAAGUCUACGAAGAUUUGCUUUUCUUAUGAUCGGCCCGUAAUGCCUUUU